AUGUCCGAUCACCAACCCAGAGGAAUAUUAAGGAAUAAAUCAGUAAGUGAAGACAGUGUUCAUUCUCCCCCAUUACCAGAUAAAUUAGAUAGGCAAGAGGUUAUAAAGAAUACUCAGUUGAAUGCGCAAUUGCGUGAUGACUCUUCCAAGGGAGAGGAGAUACGAGCCAAAAUAGCCCAAAAGAAGAAGGAACAAGGAAUUGAUGAAGACGAUCAAUUACCGGAGCACUUAAAAUGGGAUGAAUUGAACAUUUACAAAAAUGAGCAAGAAAAGAGCGCAACCAUGAAGAUUGAUGAACCAAAAACGCCAUACGAAGGAGGGUUCAAUCCAGAAGGAGAGUAUUACAAAGAUGACGAUGAUGAUGAAAGUGGUGCGAACUCAAAAUCGGUCGAGGAUGAGAUCCCUGAAUUUGAGUUGGGUGAAGGAGAGUAUGACAAAUUGCCACAUGAUAUCAGCUCCUCACUUCAUGGUGGUCAAGUGGUCAAGGAUGAAUCGCAAGCAAACGAUGAAGCGAACAAUGAUGAGAAGGAAGAAAAACCUUUGACUGCUGAAGAAAGACACAAGAGGUUUGAGGAAAAGAGGAAAGAGCACUAUCAUAUGAAAGCACUUCCUUUGAAGCAUAAAAUAGAUAUACCAGAUGAAGAUUGA